GCCUGCACAUCAUGUUUAUCAUCUUUCCUCUGAUGUUUGGAAUUCUGAUGGCCAUCAUGCGAGCGAUGUCGCAUACGAAGCGAUUCAACAAGUGUGCCAUCACUGCAGUUUUCGCUUUGACAAACUGCACCCUUCAUUGGGUCUUCAUCCAAAUUGGGCGGCUGUUGAGGAAGGGGGGCUGGUUCUGUGUGCCGCUGGUUUUGGCCGAGUCAUUUGCUGUCUUCUUGUUCUUCCAAGACAGCGGCAUGAAGACUCGGACGGACAAGUUUGCAAAGAAAGUGAAGGACAUCACUACGUUGCCUAGCUUGGAUCUCGUCCGGGGCAUGCUCAGCUCGGCAAGUUGUGCAAGCAAACUGUACAUCUUCGGCGGCAACGAGGCGAGUUCCGUGGUAGCCGAAUGCUUCAGUCCUCGAGAAGGCUCCUGGGUGUCCAUGGGAAGACUCACAACAUCACGUCGAUGCUUUGCUGCAGCGCUGGAACUCCUACCAGAAGCAUGCCAUGGCAGUAUGGCGCGGCACUGUAUGAGCCUUCACCUGAACUUGGCACAGACUUGUUUGCAGCUCAAGGCGCACGAGGCCACCGUGCAUCACGCCACACGAGCGUUGAAAGUGGACCAGGAAAAUGCCAAGGCUUUUUUUCGGCGUGGCUUGGCGCAGGAAGCCUUGGGCAAAACCCAGGCAGGGACCUGA